AUGGUAUCUGAAAAUGAAGUAAGGCAAAAACAAGAGGCUUCUUCAGCAUUGCGAGAAGGACAAUCCUGUUCUAUUGUAACUUAUGAAAAGUCCACAUUGGAUGCCAAAUUCACUGCAUGGAAUCCUGAUGGGUCAGAGGUUAUAGUCCAAGAGUUGAAAACACCAGCUAAAUUACAAAUGGAAUCUGCUAUCUUAAGAACCCCAGAUAUAUUGGCAAUGAUAUUCACUGCUAAGUCUUAA